UUCUUUUUAAUUUCUUCACAGAAUAUCUUAAAUAAUAAACAAAAGUUUUUAUAUUUAAAAAGAUGGUCGAUGAUCUCAGGAAGUAUUUAAACCAUUUAUUAGAGAAGGUAAAUGGUCUUCAUUGCAUUUUGAUAACUGAUCGGGAUGGCGUUCCAGUUGUACGUGCAGUGACUGAAAGAGCUCCUCCUUUAGCUUUAAGACCUAAUUUUAUAUCAACAUUUGGUAUGGCCACGGACCAAGCAAGUAAACUUGGUUUGGGCAGAAAUAAGACUAUUAUCUCCAUGUUUUCUAGUUACCAGGUGAUCCAAAUGAAUAAGCUACCACUAGUCAUCACCUUCAUUGGAAGUGACAAUUGUAAUACUGGCCACAUACUGUCACUGGAGACUCAAAUAGAACCUUUUUUGAAGGAUCUUGCAGCUGUAGUGGCAGACGCACCAUAGCAUAUAGAGAUAUCACAAAUUGUUAUAUAAACAUAAAUAUGUAGAAUAUAUAGCUAUGUUAAAUAUUUUGAAAUGUAUUACAUUAACUUGUAAAGUAUCAUAUUAUGUAUAAAUCAAAUUUAAUCUUGAAAUUGAUAUAAUGUUUUUAUAUCACAUUGUUUUUGCUCUCAAGUGUAAUGUUAAGGUGAAUAUACACUAGAGUAUUUUCUCAAGUAUUUCUAUGUAAUGUAACGUUCUUACGAAUGGUAUAAUACUGGUAAAAGCACAGUUUCCAAAGCAUGUCUGGUUUGUGAAAGGGUGAUAUACUAGAACAUAUAGAGUGGUUCGUUGUUCUAUUACAAGUAAACACUCUAGUCCAGGGAUUCCCAAAGGGGUCAAUAUUGAACUUAAAGCAUUGCUAAUUCUCACGCUGUC